GCGGCCCUGCCAGAAUACAAUCAGCUGUUUGUAAUGACAGCUCUGACAAAUACAAAAUGGUUGAAAACUAAAGUUGGCAAACAAAGAAAGGCAGCGUAAUAUCGCGUUUUAACACGAAAAAACUGUAUUUUUUAAGUGAAAGUUAGUUAGUUUAGUGUGUAUUAAGUGUUUUGUGCACGAUGUUGGAUUUGGAAAUCGUCCCUGAGCGUUCCCUGGGCUGUGAUGCUUGGGAGUUCGUUCUAGGGAUGCAUUUCUCCCAAGCCGUCGCCAUCAUCCAGAGUCAAGUGGGCACAAUAAGAGGAGUACAAGUACUAUAUAGUGAUCAGAAUCCGUUAUCAGUGGAACUAGUAAUAAAUAUGCCACAGGACGGCGUGCGGUUAAUAUUCGAUCCGGUGGCGCAGCGGCUCAAGAUUAUAGAGAUAUACAAUAUGAAAUUAGUUAAACUUAGGUAUUGCGGCAUGUGUUUCAACUCGCCCGAGAUAACGCCAUCUAUCGAGCAAGUGGAGCACUGCUUCGGCGCGACGCAUCCCGGCCUGUACGACUCGCAGCGCCAUCUGUUCGCGUUGAACUUCAGGGGGUUGUCUUUUUACUUCCCUGUUGAUAGUAAAUUCGAGCCUGGCUACGCGCACGGGCUGGGCUCGCUACAGUUUCCUAACGGGGGCUCGCCAGUCGUCUCCCGGACCACUAUCUACUAUGGAUCUCAACACCAGGCCAGCAGUGCGGGCGAAACAUGCGCGGCGCCGCUGCCAGAACUGCCGCUGUCGUGCUACCGGCAGCAGCUGCACCUCCGCCGCUGCCACGUACUGCGCGCGGCCGGCGCCACGCAGGGGCUGCGCCUGCACAUGUUCACGCAAGGCACGAGCCGGGCACUGGAGCCGGUGCAGGUGGCGGUGUGCCGCGUGCUGCGCUUCGGCGACAGCUGCCAGGCGGUCGCGCGCGCGCUCGGCGCCCCCGCGCGCCUCUACUACAAGGCGGACGACAAGAUGCGGAUUCACCGGCCGACCGCGCGCCGCCGCCCGCCGCCAGCUUCUGACUAUUUCUUCAACUACUUCACGCUUGGCCUGGACGUGCUAUUUGAUGCGUGUACGCACCAAGUGAAAAAGUUCGUGCUUCACACCAACUACCCGGGUCAUUACAACUUUAAUAUGUACCACCGCUGCGAGUUCGAGCUCGCCGUGCAGCCCGACAAAUGCGACCCGAACUCCUUGGUGGACAACCGCGGCGUGGUGUCCGUCACGGCGUACAGCAAGUGGGAGGUGGUGUCGCGCGCGCUGCGCGUGUGCGCGCGCCCCGUCGUGCUCAACCGCGCCUCCUCCACCAACACCACCAACCCCUUCGGCUCCACCUUCUGCUACGGCUACCAGGACAUGAUCUUCGAGGACAUGAUCUUCGAGGUGAGAACCCUUGCACAAGAUCCAGGAGAUGGUUCAAGGACCCAGGAGUCUGUUGCGAGAGUCACGAGUAAGGAGUCAGCGAGUCAGCAGCCAACCAGAGCCUCUUUCACUAAUACCACCAACCCCUUCGGCUCCACCUUCUGCUACGGCUACCAGGACAUGAUCUUUGAGGUGAGAACCCUUGCACAAGAUCCAGGAGAUGCCUUGAGGAGCCAGGAGUCAGCCAGUCAGCAGCCAACCAGAGCCUGUACCAACAACAGUACCAAUGUUGUUUCCGGGACCACUUUCUGCUACGACUACCAGGGCAUAAUCUUCGAGGUGAGCACUCUUGCACAGGAUCCAGGAGAUGGCUCAAGGAGCCAGGAGUCAGCUGCGAGAGCCACGAGUCAGGAGUCAGCCAGUCUGCAGCCAACCAAAGCCUCUUUCACUAAUACCACCAACCCCUUCGGAUCCAACUUCUGCUACGGCUACCAGGACAUGAUUUUUGAGGUGAGUGAACUAGGAACCAUAGCACCAUCUCGCGGCGUGGUGUCCGUCACGGCGUACAGCAAGUGGGAGGUGGUGUCGCGCGCGCUGCGCGUGUGCGCGCGCCCCGUCGUGCUCAACCGCGCCUCCUCCACCAACACCACCAACCCCUUCGGCUCCACCUUCUGCUACGGCUACCAGGACAUGAUCUUUGAGGUGAUGUCGAACAACUACAUAGCGUCGAUAACUCUGUACCAGCCCGAGGGGACCCGGCCCCACUACGCGGUCAGCUCUAUCGCGUGACACGACCAGGUAUCUCCCAUCCAAGGUAAUUACGCGUCCUGAACAUGUCGGUUCUCAGCCCCCACGCAAAUCCUCCACUCGUGUGAUCACGACCACUACAUAUCCCAAACACCUAAAAGGAAACAGUAUUUCAAAUGAAUGUGAUAAAAACUGUGAAAAAAAAAACUAAAAAAAGUGAGUGACAGAUCUCAAGGUGUGUAAUAAGCUUAAUUUAAUACCUUAGCUUCAAUGGACGGAAAAAAUAUAAUUUUUAAUUUUUAAACCCCCUACGUUAAGUUGAAGUGGAAAGUGGACAGUUUUUUUAUUAUAAAUAAAAAAAAAUUAGUCAAAUGCGUUUUGUUUUAACAAUAGAAGUGGCGCGGUCGGAAUUUUAUUUGGCAUGUUAUUGUUUAUGUAAGUGUAUUUUUAGAAUCAUGACAUAAUAAAAAUAAACACUCAUAUUUAAGUUUAUUGAUUUAGAAAAAAAAACUGCGAGUGGAAUUUUAAUAUUUUUAUUUAUAUUAUAGCGUUUGCAUAUUUAAAAGUAUAUUUUUGUUGUUUAUUUAUAAAAUUCACAAUUAAAAUUUCGAUCGCACUGCACGACCCAUAUGAAAUAGAAAUAGACUGCUGUAAAUAUUUUUGAGAAAAAAAAUUACGUAUGAAAAAAUUAAUUAAAAUAUUUUAAAAACUAAAAAAUCUAAAUUGAUGUAUUUUUUCUAAAAAUCUGAUAUUCGAAUGUAAAGUGACGUAUGUUAGGACGUGUGUCAGUUGAAACAGAUGUGUAAUGUAAUUUGAAACUGUAAGUAUGUAUUGCUAAAUAAUUAUUUAUAAGGGAUAUUCAAACAUUCGCAUUUUAAAAGCAAUAUUCGCUAAUGUAACAUACAAUAUACUGCCCUAUUUCCUAGGAUGUUAUCACUAUAUUCGUUUGUUUGAAUAUUACUUGGUAAUUUUGUUUUGGUUGUUCCGAAAGAAUCGAUGUACUCAAAAAUUAAAUGGUUUAUGCACAAAUUUCUAACUACAACACGGACUGUUCUUUACAUAAAUAAAAAAAGAUGCCACUUUUAAGCAGAUUCUUUAAAAAAUACGAGCGAUAUAUUCAUCGAUGUUGUACAAUGUAUCGCAACAGAACUUUUAACAACUUUACUAACAAUUCAAUUAAUUGUAUAAAUAUUUACACAUGACCUGACACAGUUUCUGUGCAUCUUUUGAAAUAUUUUGACAUGUGACCAGCAUAAAAAACAAAUUAUUGUAAAGAAUACGUAAGACUCUCCGUCUCUUUUCUAAAUACUUUACUGUAAAAAUGGUGUCAGUUUUUUCGAUGGUUUUAGUUAGACCAUCAAGCCAAUCGUACGUGCUGUAGUUAUAAAUAAAUAGCCAAUACCAAUUAGGUACUUCUUUUGGAUAUUACCUAAUAUUGUUAUUUAUUAUAGCGGACUCGUGUUUUCGAUACAAUGAAAACAUAUUGAUAUGUCUCACAGCAAUUGUAAUAGCGGCGUGGAUCAUAUACGUUCUUAAAGAUGUUUAUUGUUGAUUUGGUUUUCGAAUAAAACUUACAUAAGCCUGGCGUCCAUUUGAUCUUCGAUAUUAAUUGUUUCUGUACACUGACAUGCAUUUCGAUUAGCUCACAAAUAGGUACAGGCAUGUCUUCAUAAAAAUAAAAGACACUCUUAAUAAAUCGUUUAAAAUUCUUUUCACUGAAGUAAAAUCUAUAUUUCACAGAAAGUUGAUUGUUAAAACAACAAUGUUUAUUUUGUGUAUUUAUGAAUUUUUAAGCGAGCGAAGCGAAAUAAGUAGCUAUAUUCCGACACUAUAUUCAGUGAUGAACCCCAGGCUUAAAAUUAUAAGACAUUUUUUGAAAUUAAUAAGAAAAUUAGAAUAACGUAUUGUUUCCACGCACUAUUGUCCUAGAAACAAAUUUGUUUUUGCUCAUACAAACUUGCUUUUCGAUUUAGUCCCACAUUUUACAGGUACCUAAAGAAUCGAAGAGCUAAGUCCGAUGUUUGAAAUUGUUAUAUUUAUGUAGCGGAACUGUUGAUAUUUAUAAUAAUAUGUAAUAUAAUAUUUAGCGCCGAACACAGUCGUUUUGUUAUAAACAACUUAUUAUAAUUUAUUUUACCUUUUUGUACGUUAAGCAACAGUGUGGUUAAUGAUAUGUAGCAAAUGUAAUUGAACUUAGAGAGUGGAUAAAUGCUUUUUAAAUGCUUGAAACAAAAAUUUAAAAAAUAUUUUCGUUAUAUGAAUGAAUGUUAAAUGUAAGCGUGUUUAAUACGAAAUUGACACUCAUAAAAUAAGUUCAGUCACAAAAUAAUUAUGUAGUCUUUUUUACUCUUGACUAUUUUAAUAUUAACUCUUUGGGAACGUUUUGACAGCUACCACUGUAGUGUUCAAGGGUCAUGUUUCAGUAGUCUAUCCAUUGACAGCUGUCAAAACGAAUCAAUGUACUUUACAUUGAAAAAUAAUAUAAAAUUCCAACUCUCAGACCUCUUUGAUUUUUAGCUUCUGAGCUGUUCAUUCUUAGUGCCAAUGUUGUGCGCGAAAUUGGAAUCUAUUAUGAAAAGCCUAAGUCUUGUUUUCGGAUAUAAUGAGCUUAAAGUAGGCUACAAGUAGGAGCCUGGUUGUGAUAAACUUCUGCUGUUAAGGCAUAUGACACUUAACGUUUGUGUAAUAAGAGUGUUGCUUGAUCGUUUGAACUGCUUUGGCUGUUGCGGACGCUAAGGCAGUUUGACAAUGUCAGACACAACUGUCAGUGCGGUUUUUUGACAAGAAACUAAAGUUGGGAUGUCAGCUACAGCCUGUCAUAUUUAUGUAAAUAAAUUCAAUAUCGUUUCGAAUAUUGUCUCCGUUACAAUAUUUUUAAUUUUAUUAAAAAAAUAUAGAAUAAAGUGAAUAAUCAACUAAAUAUUUUUAUAUUCACUAAAGAACAAAGUUCUGACACGUGUCACACAUGAGUUAAUGUCAUGUGAAACCUGAUGACCUAUUACGUCACAUACUGUCAGCAGCACAUCAGACUGUACAUUUUAUUUCAAAAUCGCAUAUGAUGUGCUGUUUAAAGUCAGCAAACGACAUUUUGUGACGUUGUAUGCCCCUGGGAGACUCUUGGAACUUUUGUCCUCAAUUAAAUUCCAAACGUACAAUCAAAUUACUGACAGUAAUUUUACGUCUAUUCCUUCAAAAAAGUUGAUUAAAAAACUAUUUCUCGCCUUAGACAGUUGUUGUCUGACAACACAUCGUACAGUACGUUUAUUUAUGCACAAUGUAGCCUUUUUCCACAGCGAGUGAGGUUUGAGACUACUGAGUCUGUUUGUGAGGGAAAAAACAAUAAAAAAAUUGAAUCCCCCAGCUCGCCAGUGGAAUUGGCGGGAAACACGUGUGUGAUUGUCUUAAAAUUAGUGGCUGUGGUGCCAUACAACAAAAAAAAGUUAAAAAUUCGACAAAUAAUACAAUAAAAAAAGUAUUAAUUGUAAGGUAGCGUAUGCUGCAACCUCGUUAUUGAGGCGCGAGUGUUUAUGCUGUUUUUUUAAUUAUGUAUUGUUUUUUUAUGUAGUUAUAAUCUUUAUUUUAAUAAAAGCAUUAAUUUAAACAUGGUUUAAUUUGAACCAAAUCACUAAUCAUUUUAAAACGAACUAAUUACUUUAACCAGAUAAAAUGCAAUAAUGACGCAUGUACAAUCCGGUCGAAUUAGCUGCGCGCCUCGCUGGAAUAC